AUGCGCUUGGAGCUGACUAACGGGAUUCUCGCGAGAAUCUCGGACGUCAUCAUGGCGGUGCUCCUUGAAACCACUCUUGGUGAUAUUGUGAUUGAUUUGUUUACGGAGGAAAGGCCUAAAACUUGCCUAAACUUUCUGAAAUUAUGCAAGAUAAAAUAUUACAACUACUGCCUCAUCCACAAUGUGCAGAGAGAUUUCAUCGUGCAGACUGGAGAUCCCACUGGAACGGGUCGUGGAGGAGAAUCUAUCUAUAGCAAACUGUACGGAGACCAGGCUCGUUUUUUCGAUGCAGAGAAGACGCCUCGCAUUAAGCACAGGAAGAGGGGGACCGUGUCCAUGGUGAACAAUGGAACUGAUCAGCAUGGAUCUCAGUUCCUCAUUACCGCUGGGGAGAACCUGAACUACCUAGAUGGAGUACACACUGUGUUUGGAGAAGUCACCGAAGGGAUGGAGGUCUUGACCAAAAUAAAUGAGGCCUUUGUUGACAAGGAUUUCAUCCCCUUUCAGGAUAUCAGGGCGACCACCUCCUCCGAGUCGCUGUACAGCCGAUUUUGGCUGACCAUCACCCGGCAUCAAGAUCGUUCCAACAACAGGGUAAAUACGUACUGGCUGCGCAUGCGCUUGGAGCUGAGUAACGGUAAUCUCGCGAGAAUCUCGGACGUCAGCAUGGCGGUGCUCCUUGAAACCACUCUUGGUGAUAUUGUGAUUGAUUUGUUUACGGAGGAAAGGCCUAAAACUUGCCUAAACUUUCUGAAAUUAUGCAAGAUAAAAUAUUACAACUACUGCCUCAUCCACAAUGUGCAGAGAGAUUUCAUUGUGCAGACUGGAGAUCCCACUGGAACGGGUCGUGGAGGAGAAUCUAUCUAUAGCAAACUGUACGGAGACCAGGCUCGUUUUUUCGAUGCAGAGAAGACGCCUCGCAUUAAGCACAGGAAGAGGGGGACCGUGUCCAUGGUGAACAAUGGAACUGAUCAGCAUGGAUCUCAGUUCCUCAUUACCGCUGGGGAGAACCUGAACUACUUAGAUGGAGUACACACUGUGUUUGGAGAAGUCACAGAAGGGAUGGAGGUCUUGACCAAAAUAAAUGAGGCCUUCGUUGACAAGGAUUUCAUCCCCUUUCAGGAUAUCAGGAUAAACCACACGGUGAUCCUGGAGGACCCCUUUGAUGACCCUGCCGGCCUGCCCGUGCCAGAUCGAUCACCUGAGCCCACCAAAGAGCAGCUGGAUAGUGGCCGUAUUGGAGCAGACGAAGACAUAGAUGACACGGAGGGAAAAGCCGCAGAGGAACUGGAGGAGAGACUGAAGGAGAAAGAAGCCAAAACCCAGGCCAUCCUCCUGGAGAUGGUGGGAGAUCUCCCCGACGCAGAGGUGAGGCCUCCAGAGAACGUCCUGUUUGUGUGCAAGCUGAACCCAGUAACCACCGACGAGGACCUGGAAGUCAUCUUCUCCCGCUUCGGGAGCAUAAAAAGCUGUGAGAUCAUCAGAGACUGGAAAAGUGGGGAUUCCCUUUGCUAUGCUUUUAUUGAGUUUGAAAAGCAAGAAGACUGUGAGAAGGCUUAUUUCAAAAUGGACAACGUGCUCAUCGAUGACCGACGCAUUCAUGUAGACUUCAGCCAGUCAGUCUCAAAGAUCAAAUGGAAGGGGAAAGGUGGGAAGUACACUAAGGACGACUUCAAAGACUAUGAGAAAGACGUGGAGAACAGGUCAAAACUGGCUCUAAAGGAUCAAGUCAAGCCUAAACACGAUUCCAAGUAUGACCUGCUGAUUGAGGAGGAAGGAGAGACAACAAACCAUCAGCACCUGGGGAAGAAGCACAAAGAGAAGAGGCACCGUCAUUCAGACGAUGAGAGCAGCAAAAAGUCCAAAAAGCACAGGAGCUAA